AUGGCAGAGGCCGCGACAAAUGAAGACAGCGACUCCGACAUGUACUCCCUCGGGGGCAUUGACGAGGAUGAGAUGAACCAGCUAUUAGCGACAGCCGCAGUAGCCAAAGCAGCCCAGGUCCCGCCCUCAAGCAUGGUGCACAAAAUGGACCAGGACUCGAGGUCUGCCGAGAGCUUCGACUCGCAGCUGCAGUUCUCAUCGCCUGCCACAAGCCCCGGCGGAGCCUCAAAGAUCGAAUCCUUGGAGCCUGAUCUUCUUGACGAAGACGUAGACUGGGACCUCGUGACUGCUUGUGCCGAUGAGGCGGCUCCGAGCUCUAGAACAAAGUCCCUUGGUGGGGGUUCCCUCCCGCAGACGACCAGCGCGCCGUCGGACCCAGCACCGUUCGUCAGGCCCUCUUUCCCUGGCAAAGUCAGAGACCGCUCGGUGGUUGUUUGA